UCCGGUUUGUCUCCAGUAUUGCUAACUCGAGCCCGAUUACUGGCCUCCGAACAUGCGAAACUCACGGAUCGACUGGUGGAGUCAUUUGAUGCAAAAGUCGCGAAGCGAGCUGGGGAGCUGGCACCAGUUGCCUCCGUCUUGAAAGAAUGGGACAAUGCCAACGAUUCCAUUCUUGAAUUGAAAUCCCUACUAGAGGAUCGUCAAACAGAUGAGGAAUUGCGCUCCCUCGCGACGGAGGAUCUGGAUAUCACCAAUGAUGCUUUGCCUGCCAUAUCAGACCGAUUGAAGAAGUCACUGAUUCCUCGUCAUCCAUUUGCAGCACUUCCGUGCCUGAUUGAGAUCCGGCCUGGUGCGGGAGGCGAUGAAGCAGGUCUUUUCGCGUAUGAGAUGCUACGCAUGUAUCUUUCUUUCUGUUCCCGUCGAGGGCUCCGGCCCACGAUCCUAAAACAGGACGUGGAGGAUGGCCCAUCAGAGGAUCGGCUGACCGAGGCAGUCAUUGAAAUUGAAGCCGAAGGCGCAUACGAUAUUCUGCGAACGGAAUCCGGGGUCCAUCGCGUGCAAAGAGUACCAGCCACAGAGACCAAAGGCCGUACUCAUACCAGUGCUGUUAGCGUCAUGGUUUUGCCGAGUUUCCCAGAAACUGGGAGUAGCAUAGACAAUGCUUUGAACUUUGAAGACCCGACCAGCGAUUACUAUAUUGAUCCUCAGGAAGUGCGCAUAGAGAAAAUGCGAGCUGGAGGUGCAGGUGGACAACAUGUUAAUAAGACCGAAUCGGCGAUCCGGCUGACCCAUUUCCCCACGGGUACCGUGGUCUCCAUGCAAGAUGAGCGGUCUCAACAGGCCAACCGACGGAAAGCCUGGCAGGUCCUGCGGGCCAAGAUCGCCGAAGCCCGUCAAGAGGCCCGAGAGCAGGAGCUGGUUGAGCUUCGACGAGGUGUUUUGGGUGGAGUGGCUCGGAUGGGCCGAGGCGACAAGAUCCGGACCUACAAUUUUGGCCAGAGCCGCUGUACAGAUCAUCGUUGUGGUACGACUAUUCACAACCUGGAUUCUGUUUUGGAUGGAGGCGAUGGCUUGGAAACAGUCAUGGAGAACGUGCGUACUUGGAUGGCAGACCGUGAAGUCGAGGCGAUGGUGGCAGAAGAUCUGGCCAAAAACAAGGAAAAAGAGAAGAAAUAG